AGCCCUGUGCCUGUUAGCCGCGAAAAACUGCAUGGAAUGGCAAAUUUGACGUCUGUUAGUCUCGAACAACAGCAAACAUUACAAAGCUCAACACUUGUUAAUUCAAAACAGCAGCAAGACAUAGCUAACUCAAUGCACAAUAACUUAGAGCAACACCAAGAGAUAGUUAAUCAAGCGCUCGUAGGUUUCGAACAACCAAAGACCGUGUUCCAAACGCCCGUUAAUUUUGUCCUUAAUUCAGGACAACAGCAUGGCAUGAUGAAUCCAACAACGGUUAACUUCGAACAACGGCAAAAUGUAAUAGGCUUAACGUAUUUCGGAAUGACUAGUCCAGCAGUUCAACCCUCGAAUAUAGAACCUGCUUUAUCAUGUUCUUCAGGAGCUCAAAAACUAGAUGCAAAUAAAGUAAUAACUGCUAGUCCACUUAAUCAAGCGUCUGAGGAUUAUUAUGACCAUAGAUGGGUUAAUCCCCCUCAAGAUGACUAUCAUCAAGCCUUUGAAAUACCAAGAAUGACAUGUCUAGAUUCAUCGCCACCCACCAGACUUAUUCCUUCUUAUUUCAUGUAUAAUUCUG